UGAUGCUGCUGUGAUCGCACAGUUGUCGCUGUGCAGUGGAAGUGAAGGGUUUUUUUUUUCCUCCAGUGUGCAGCCAACCGCAAGAAAUGGAUGUGUUUCUAAUGAUCCGACGUCACAAGACGACCAUCUUCACAGAUGCCAAAGAGUCGACCACGGUUUAUGAACUGAAGCGCAUCGUGGAGGGCAUUUUGAAGAGACCACCCGAAGACCAGAGGCUUUACAAGGAUGAUGUGCUGCUCAACGACAGUCAGACUCUUGGAAACUGUGGCUUCACGAAUCAGACGGCCCGACCUCAGGCCCCGGCCACGGUGGGAUUAGCUUUCCGUCUGGGCGAUGAUUCGUUCGAGCAGCUGAGGAUCGAGCCCUUCUCCACCCCGCCAGAGCUCCCCGACGUCAUGAAGCCGCAGGACUCAGGCAGCACAGCCAACGAGCAGGCCGUCCAGUGAGGGGCCGGGAGGCGGGGAGGGGGGGGGGGGGGGGGGGGGGGGGGCGACACGAGGGACACCCGGGGGGACGGGGACGGGGGAGGGGGAGGGGUUUAGGGAGCGACGCCCCGGCGGGUGAAGUUACCGACGACCGGGCCUCCGAGCCCGGGCCCCCCCUCCUCCCUCCUCCAACCCCCCCCCCCCACGCUGUAAAUGUGAGGGAGCUUCAAAGUGGUUCAUUUUGUCCUGAAAUCGGAGAACGCAUGCUAGAUAAAAAAUCGAUAAUUUCACAGCAGACCCUUCAGAGAAACCUGGCGGACUUGUCACGACACUGUCAGUCACCCGCGGGGUUGGUGAGGGCUGAACUCAAAGCAUCGUACCUCGUAUUUAAUGAAAUCUCGUCUUUAUUUGGGGGUAAGGUCGACGCCGCCUUACUCGUGCUCCUUUAUUUUUUGCUGGCUUGACAGUGGGAGUCGAUGAGGUGUUAACGUUUUAGGCUUUUUAUGUUUGUGUGUUUCUUUGAAUAAACUAUUGCUAGGAUUAACAUGUUUUUCGGUCGUUGGCCUGGAUAUGUGUUGCGACAUUAGCUAGGAGUUUGUGAAUUUCUAAGUUACGAUGUAUUUCAAGAACUUUUUUGCUCAAUAGAAAACAGACGCGCGUUGCUGGCAGAAAGCCAAACAUUUCCCGGUACUUUACCGAUCAGUAGUUAUUGAUCUCACGCUGCGGCUGCUCUCAGGCUGGAGGCAGCAGGUCGGUGUGGAAAACAAAGUGACUGACACACACACGCAGUAGCAAUUGUGAAUGAGUUGGUGGUGAUCGUUGAAUAUCGUCACCGUGGUAACAGCGAUUGAGGACUGAUCAGCUCUCCUGAUGUUUGAUUGUAGCCCGUGAAGAUUGUUGACUUUUAAAACCGCCGGCCCAAAACAGGAACCAAACCGUUUUUGCCAAAAGUGGAGCUGCACAUGACUUUACCCAGAAUUCCUCUCUGUCGCUGUUGAUGCCACGCUGCAGUUUGUCUUGUAUCACACACCAGUAAUCUCCCCGACCACACAGAAUUCUGAAUCUGAGCACGAAUUAGGAACAAACCUGAGGCCUCACACUGCGCCGCGCCGUCUCGAAACCAGAAGAAACGCUGUGGAAGUUCUGACCGGUGUGGAAUGAAACCGUUUUAAUGUUGCAUUAAAUUAAGAAGAAGAGAGAUUUAAAUAAAAAACAAACAAAAAAAAACUCAACAGGUUUGCCAAUUGAAGCUGUUAAACAGUGGGACAUGAUCAAAGUUGCACUUGUAACUGAUUUAACAUUAAAACAAUUGUUUUUCA